UUUUUUUUUCCCUGUUGUCCCGUACUUUCUUUGAAAACUGUCAUGUCAAACUGGAGUCAAUUACCAACGGAACUUUUGAUCAAGAUUUUCGAGCUUCUCGAAUCUAGUUUUUUUGAAGCACAUGAAAGUCAACGGGAAAUUUCUCAGCAGAUGCUUGUUUGCAAGAACUGGUGUCGCAUUGCUAAAAUGUUGUUAUAUAAGGACGUGACCAUGCUGUCUAUCAAGCAACACGACGCUUUCUUAACAUGCAUGAGCCAUUACAGCACCGGCAUGAAUCAAUUAGUGCUUUCGUUUAAAGCCUGCUCCGAAAUCACGAAUUCCAAGUUAGAAAAGGAUCUAGGUCUGAUUUUGAGCGCACUGCCCAACCUACAGCAGCUCGAUGCCAAGCCCCAAAAGGGAAGUUUCUUUACCAGACUCUUGCUUGAGCUUUACUCUUCCACCGACAGACCAACUCAAUUGGUAACGAUACCUACAUUUACUACAGAAUCAGAACAGUAUGCAACAUCAUACCAAUAUGCUGCUUGGGCCCUCAAAAAAACGCUCAAAUACAUGGUUUUACCCGAUUGGUGUAUCAAACCAUACAGCAUAUCCACUCCAUUAGAGGAGUUCAAGAAUUUAACAGACCUCGAACUCCGCAUCUCCAGUCUUUCCCAAAUGAAUGAAAUAGGCACAAUCGCUUCGAGAUGUACAAACUUAAUCAGUUUGAACCUUGCAUGUAAAACCAGGACAAACCAAAUUACGGAGGAUCAGAGUAAGGCGAUAGAUACAACCUGUGUGCAACCAGUGCUCCAUAUUCUUAUACUUAGGAUCAAUGCAAGUGUGGUUACGGCCAGCCCUGAAAGUAUGCGUAUCCUCAUGAGGCUAUUUCCGCAAGUCAAAAAAUGGGAAAUGUAUGAAAGUUCGCAUAGAGCCAUCAAAGAUCAAAGUAUGGAGAUACCCACCGAGCUUUGGGUACAGUUCUUGGUCUUUUUAAACAAGAUCACGUUAGUUUAUUGUCCGUGUUUAUAUAUUUCUAGCUUAGAUCAGGUCUUGAAGGAAUUAUCAAACAACACUGGGUUAUGUAAAGAGAUCAAGGUAAAAUACAACCACGGUCACACCCAUAAUAGCCGUGGGGAUAUUUUACGCAUACUUCCUUUCCACGGCAUCGGCGCUCAUGACGAUGACAGACAUGAUACCAUUGUAUCAUAUGUACCGAGUGAAUCUGACGCUCUACCACAUGAAUCCUUGAUCGAAAAAAUUGGCUUUCAGUUGGAACAUUUAACUAUGAAUCUGAAUAAGGUAUUCAAACGUGGUGCCAUUAGUAAUGCAAGGGAAAGUAAUGUUUUAGGGCCUUUUGGAUACUUUAUCAAUCAUAUAUUCAAGCACUGUCCAGUCCUAAAAUCAUUAGUGAUUACCGAAGCAGAUUUAUUACAUUGUAAUCAUAUUGAUCUGAAGGCGCCACCGUCCUUCAAGCUUCUUCACCUUCGUAAUUGUAAAUUUUUUCAUGGCGUGGAUUUUCUGUCCGACUUAUCUCAUCGAUUACCCUCCCGAAUGGAAUUCAUGGUCAUUGAUCAGUGUAUUUUUGUUUUGAGAAAGAAUGAAUUGAUGCCUCAUAUAGAAAUGCCAUUCACUGUGUUUGGUUGUCUGUUUUAUUCCAAAAAAAAACUGCCAGAACAUAAGUACUCGAGUAUGGUGAUAAAGAUCACAAAGGUAUCACAAAAACCUCUUUACUAUCGCUUGUAUGAUAAACAGAAGUUGGAAACACUUUCAACAAAGGAAGAAUUUGAGCUUUGUGCAGAGUAUGAGCAGACAACUGGCUUAGAGAUUACAUGCUCUGAUAUCGAAAAGUUGUUGAUUCGAGCAUAUGGUUUUCGGAUACUCAUUUUUCCUAAAGAACAGGUUGAAUACAUGGAUGGUCAGAACUAUAUAAAUUCUUCCUUUGAGUUUCGACAUGUUGAAACAUAAGAUCCC